CUCCGGUCAGUUGAGGCUUAUCCAAGGACAGUGGGCCUAACUUGAGAUGGGCGAAUGUUACAGCACAAACUCCGUAGAUCCAAACUCUGAAAACCCUGAGAGCUACAGCAUGAAGUCUGAAAAUUCAGAGGCAGAUACAGAACCAGACAAUGAAACAUUGUUUUCAGCCUCUGAAAGAACAGAAUCAAAACUGCUUCAGCAAGUUUACCAGCUGGGAAAAAACCUAGAUGCUGUGGAUCUCCAGGACGCCAGUAGGGAGCCAUAUGAAAACACAGUCCUCACGAAAGACCAGUACAUUGAGAAGCUGCAAGCUGAAGUAAAGGCUUCCCGGAAACAACUAAAAGUCCAUAAACUAAAGCACCAAAAAACAGUGAAAAAGUUACAAAUCGAUUUGGCAACAACAAAGCAAGAGGCUGCCAUCACAGUGCUGGAACUCAACGAGAAGAUAAAGACGCUCUGCGAAAGAGAGCCAGCCCCUAGAGCAGCUAACUUACUGGAAGAGUGCUGUGAGAGUCUCCUGCCUGAGGAAGAAGGCGAUAGGAAAGUCAGCUUGAUCACGGAGCUCUCCAUACAGCUUUCGCUUCAGACAGAGAGGAUCAUCCAGCUAGAAGCAGCUCUGGAGGAAAAGGAAAGGAAGAUCCAGCAGCUGGAGGCUGAGCGGAAUUGCCAUCUUCCCCAAGAAGUCAUGGACCCUCCACAAUGCUUAGAAGAAGUCCCGAUUUUCUCUACUAGGAUUAUUCCUGUGUUCUCUAAUGAGGAUUUUUGAAGAUUUGCAGUAAGAAACAAUAAAAUUGUAUUGACCAUUAAAGUAAUAUCUAGAACACAAGUAGUCUUUCAAGGAGCACCAGUGGCCCAAUGGGCCAGCACAUGGUACUUAUGCAUAAGUUGUCUUUCAAGUUCAAGUUCAUGGAUCUGAAUGUUUUCUAUAAUGUCCAUUAGAAGGAAAUAAAAGAAAGGGAGGUGUUCAGAAGCCAACAAUGAAUGUUUCUCCCUUACACAGAAGCAGUCACGUAACCACACAGCUGCAGAAUGUUGUUUUUAUACAGUCCUGCCUGAGAGCAGAGGGAGAGGGAGGAACAUCAGACCAGACAGUAACACAAUUUAGCAUCAUUGUCUUAGCAUAGAUCUGUCACACAUAGGGUAGGGGUGGCACCAACCCUGUGUUCAUGUGCAACCUGUUGUGAACAGAAAGCUGUCACCGAGGGCCAGAUUCAACUUCAGGAAUGUACAUACAAUACUGAAGAGUUGAAUCUUUGCCAACAGAGUAAACGGCCAUAAGGUCUUUCCUUUGAUGUU